AUGAGACUGAUGUUUGCAACUUUGACCAUCAAGGAAAUCCCUUGUACCUCUCUGUCUAGUAUCACUGUUGCUCUGUGUCUUAUCACCCUGCUCCUGAUGGCCCUCAGGGGCCGUAAGAGCCACAGAUCACUCUUCCACCUUAACCAUUACUCCCAAAUGAAAUACCCCCCUCCUCCUGGCCCCACUCCCUGGCCGCUUGUUGGUAAUCUGCUACAGAUGGGGGACCAGAUUCAUCUCUCCCUAACUCGAUUGAGGCUACAGUAUGGUGAUGUUUUCAAGAUGCGUCUGGGCUCUUUGACAGUUGUCGUACUGAGUGGAUACACCACUAUCAGGCAGGCGCUGGUUCGGCAGGGGGAAGCUUUUGCUGGGCGACCUGACCUUUUUACAUUUUCUGCUGUAGCCAAUGGGACUAGUAUGACCUUCAGUGAGAAGUAUGGACCUGCCUGGAUGCUGCAUAAGAAGCUAUGUAAGAAUGCUCUCAGGUCUUUCUCCCAGACUGAGCCCAGGGGUUCAGGGGCCACCUGCUUGCUGGAGGAGCAUGUAUGUACUGAGGCUGCUGAGAUGGUGGAAGUGAUUCGGGAGCAAGCUGCUAAGGGGGAAAAGGAGCAGGAUAUGACAGGUAUAGAUCCGGUGAUGCCUCUGGUAACAUCAGUGGCAAAUGUGGUCUGUGCACUCUGUUUUGGGAAAAGGUAUGACUAUAAUGACAAGGAGUUCCUCACUAUUGUCCACAUCAACAAUGAGGUCCUGAGGAUCUUUGCAGCGGGGAACCUGGCUGAUUUCUUCCCUGUGUUCCGCUACUUACCAAGUCCAUCUCUGAGGAAGAUGGUUCAGCACAUCCACAGGAUGAACGGAUUCAUGGAGCGAAGCAUCGAGGAGCACAUGAACACAUUUGACAAGAACUGUAUCCGGGACAUUACAGACGCUCUGAUUGCACUUUGUGAGGACAGAGAAGAAAAUAAGGAUACAUCAAUGCUCUCCAACUCUCAGAUCAUUCACACUGUCAUAGACAUCUUUGGCGCAGGAUUUGACACCAUCAUUGCUGGUUUACAGUGGAGUCUGUUGUACCUCAUCAAGUUUCCAGACAUCCAGGACAGAAUACACCAGGAGAUAGAUGACCACAUUGGCACAGCCAGAUUGCCAUGUUUUUCAGAUAAGCCCAAGAUGCCUUUCACUGAGGCUUUCAUCUAUGAAGUGUUUCGUCAUGCUUCCUAUGUCCCUUUCACCAUACCUCACUGUACCACAAGAAACAUUACCUUGAAUGGAUACUUCAUUCCCAAAGAUACCUGUGUCUUCAUCAACCAGUAUCAGGUCAAUCAUGAUAUUGAUCUUUGGGGUGACCCAGACACAUUUCGCCCAGCACGCUUCCUGAGUUCAUCGGGGCUUCUCAAUAAGGAGCUGACGGAAAAGGUUCUCAUCUUUGGCAUGGGGAAGAGACGUUGUCUUGGUGAUGGAUUUGCACGUUUGGAGAUGUUUGUCUUUCUCACCACGUUGCUCCACGGGCUGCGGAUCCAAAAUGUUCCAGGGCAGGAGCUGGAUCUCAGCACUGAUUUUGGUCUGACUAUGAAGCCACAUCCUUACAGGAUUACCAUCUCCUCGAGAUUUUAG